AUGUCGGCAUGUGACUUUGUCCCGCUGGCACAAUACGAUUGGAGUCUACACCCGGCCCUCGAGCCGGUGGCCAUCCCAUGGAACCCAACCGCAUACUGUCUGGUGGCCGGGUUCUGUGCUGUGUCGCUCUGGAUGACGGUCGAGUUGACGUUGCAGGUGUUUUUCACCUUCCGGCGGCACAAGGGUCUCUACUUCUGGUCCCUCCUGGUCUGCACAUGGGGCGUGGCGCUGCACGUCCUGGGCGUCAUCCUCAAGCUCUUCAACGAGAGCAACUGGAUCAUCUCGAGCAUCAUCUUCAAGAUCGGCUGGGUCGGCAACGUCACCGGCUUCUCCCUCGUGCUGUACUCGCGGCUCAAUCUCGUGGUGCACGACCGGCGCAUUCGCCGCGCCGUCCUCGCCAUGAUCGUCACCGACGCCAUCGUCCUGCACACGCCCAUCAUCAUCUUUGACUUUGGCAUCUCCUCCCCCCACCCCGGUAUCUGGUACACGCCCAUGAAGGUCAUGGAGCGGAUCCAGGUGGUGUGGUUCAGCGUCCAGGAGACCAUCAUCUCGCUCAUGUACAUCUGGUGCACGCGCAACUUUCUCAAGGACAUCUACUCGCGCCAGACCCACCGCGUCAUGCAACUGCUCAUCACCGCCCAGGUCGUGGCCAUCGUCUUCGACAUUGUCCUCAUCACGGUCGACUGCAACGACAUGUUCACCCUCAAGGUGGUCAUCCACCCGUUCUGCUACGCCGUCAAGUUGAAGCUCGAGUUCAUCGUGCUGAACCAGCUCCUCGCCCUGAUCAAGCAUGGCAUCGCGCCGAGCAGCUUUCCCGCCCCGGACGAAGAGUCCCCCGACGCCAGUGGGCUGACGCCGCCGCGAUCCGGCGCGGUCAAGCAUGGUUCCUUUGUGAGCACCGAGAUCACCGCCACGGACGCGCGGGACAAUGCGGGCGUGGAUGCUUCGCGCAAAGAGUCCGUGCUUCUGCCCUCUGGCGGGCUCGGGAGAGACAUGGAGUACUACAGGAGGAGGGACGACGGCAACAACAAGAGCCAGAAUAUCGAUUCUGGCAUUACGGGAGGAGAUGCCCGUAACAACAAGAACGAGUCGUCGACAAUCGUAAAAGGUCAGACACUGCCUAGUCCAGACCCUGACCCGGACGCGAUCGAGCCACUUCCUCUUCCGCUCCCAGGUCCAGCUUCAGCGUCAGCUUCAGCUUCUCCUCAUCCGCCACCACCACCACCCCCUCCUCCCACAGCUCCUGUACCAAGAAUACCCGAGACACGGCCCUUUGAACCACAACCGCCCGCCCGGUCCCUCUCGGACCCGACACCUCUAAGCCCCACGCAGCAGCAGCAGCGUGAACAAGACUCGGAGGCGAUCGUGGCGCAGAUCGAGAGGCAUUACCUGGGGAACUGGAAUGGGUGA